CCCAUUUACCCGUUCUCAAGUCUAACCCUCGCCACGCAAACCAAAGGUUAUCAAGAUCCCGCCAUUGAGCCACCUGGCCUACGUGCUCCGCACCCAGCAAUUCCACGACCAUGGGCAUUGUCGCGACGAAGGCUAUUCCGCCAAAACCUCGGGCCCCGUCGCUGGUGGAGCCCUUCGACGUCGGCGGAGCCUUGUAUAGUGCCGGAUCCACGACUCAUCAGCUCCCGAUCGGUCUCAAGGGAGCCCCUAGCCUCCUGACCGUGAUUCGUGUGGACGAUGGCGUAUCGGACGUGACCUCGAAAUGGCUGGAGGACUUCCUGGCCAAGGCCAACGACGACGUCUUUUCCCAGGAGUUCCUGCAGGGCGUGGUUCUCGUCUCAGCCAAGCCCAAGCUUUCCUUUUCAAAGGAUGCUGAGCGGCUCCUCGCCAACCAAGGAAUGCGCUGGAAGCGCAUCAUCCAAGGAGACUACGAAAAUCUGACUCUGGGGCCGCACGUCGUGCUCGGGAACGUCAUUGCACCGGUUUACAAGCUCUACGACGACACCCACCGGGCCUUUCUCCACUCCCUGUGGACAACCGAGAACAGAACAUUCGAGGAGGUCAGGAUCGCGGGCUGCUCCAUCGAGACGCUCAAGAUCGCCGUGCCGUCCCGCCUGGCCUCUCCCAAGAGCGACCGGCUCCCGCUGGCGGGCUGGCGCGUGGCGGUCAAGGACAUAUUCGAGAUCGCGCAGGUCCGCACCACAGUGUGCAACAAGGCCUACUACGAGCUCUACGACGCGCCCGCCAAGACGGCGGCCUGCAUCGAGCGCCUGAUCGGGGCCGGCGCCGCCGUCGUCGGCACCACCAAGCUCGCCUCCUUCGCCGCUACCGAGGAGCCCGUCGAGUGCAUCGACUACCAGGCCCCCUGGAACCCGCGCGCCGACGGCUACCAGUCGCCCGCCGGGAGCAGCAGCGGCAGCGGUGCCGCGUGCAGCGCCUACGAAUGGCUCGACAUCACCAUCGGUUCCGACACAAGCGGAAGCGGCAGACGGCCGGGACACUGGAAUGGCUGCUUCGCCAUGCGGCCCACCCACGGGGUGCUUCCUGUCGAGGGCUACAUCCCAAGCUUUAGGCGAUUCGACGUGCCGACCUUCUUCGGGAGGGACCUCGAGCACUGCAAGUACUUUGCGCAGUCGUGGUACGGAAGCGAUUUGCGUGCCCCCAAGCCCACCGGAACGCCUGCCAUCAUCUACCCGACCGACUACAUCUCACUCAUCGGGAACGAGACGCAGGUGGCUCUCAUCGGCUCUUUCGUGGCCGAUCUCGAGAAGUACCUGGGAGUGGAGCACAAGAAGGUUUCGUGCGUGGAGCUCUGGGACAAGGAUCCUCCGGCCGAGGCUCACGGGGCUUCCUACCAAGAAUAUAUGAAAGACGCCGGCCGCAACUCAUUCUUCUAUGACGACUACCACAGCUUCGACAAGUUCCGCGAGGACUACUUGAAAAAAUUCGAUAGACAGCCAUACGUGAGCCCGCCGGUCCGCUGGCAAUGGGAACUGUCCUCCAAGAUCACCCAAGAGGAGCGCAAUGAAGCCCUCAAGCGACUCGACGUCUACAAAAAGUGGUUCCUCGAGCAGGUCGCAAAGGAGCGUGAGACAGACGCCAUCGUCAUCAUCCCAAUCGAGGAGAUCUCGCCCCGGUACCGGGACGAUCCGCCGCUGAAACCCUUCAACCCGGUCGGCGUGCCCAACCUCUUCCUCUCGCCCAUCCUCGGAGGGCCCGAGUUGACAAUCCCAAUCGGCUACUCAGCUUUCGAGUCCAAGGUGACGGGCAAGACCGAAAACCUCCCAGUUGCAAUCUCGCUCCUGGCUUGCCCCGGCCGUGACCUCGAGCUCUUCGACAUUGCCCUCGGGACGCUCAAGCAGGCGGGACGGCCGCUGGCUGUCAAGGCCGGACCCGAAAUGUUCUAGGUGGAUUUCGGGGACGCGCUCUUUUCAAGUCGCGCAUGGUGGAGCGAGGUGGGCUGUUGUCGAGAGAACAGCAAGGCUAUCACUGCGAAGGCGAUUCGAUGUAUCACCUCGCUUUUUUGUUUUUUAUUUAUUUUGAUGAGGCGGCGGAAACACGUGGUAAUUUGAAGGAAGUAGUUGCAGGGCAUCAUCGGUAGGCUUGUGUAACAGUGAGGGAUGGAUGUAAUGAGGGCAUGGAAGUAAACCAUCUCGAUAUAUAUGCAGAAAAUCUAGCGAGAUGGGAAGCCGGUCUCCCACGUUGAAUAUAGCCGGCGACGUCGGCCUCGUGGCCGUCAAAACCUCGCCGAACAGUUGAUGCGUCA